AGAAAUAAGGUCAAGGAAGCUCGAACAGAGAAUGAGAGGCAAGUGCGACGUAUUGCCAGGAUUUCCCACGUGUUUUUGGUGAAAUAGUAUUAACAGACCAGACAGUUUGGGGCGAAAUUGAAAAGUGUUAACUUAUAAACGUUUUGGAAUAACAAGGAAAGGAAUGCCCGAAACAAUCACGUGACUCUAUUCUGUUAUGUAUGUGAAAAGAACAAUGACAGUGGCUGAUGGCCUAAGCCUAAUCCUAUCAGUUUGUCUAAUUCAACAAUCUGUGGGGACAAAAUAUUUUCUGACAGUGCCCCAAGUACCAAGCUAUGAUGCUAAUGUGACUGCAGUGGUCACAGCUUUUCAACACACUUCUCAGUCUACUGAGAAAGUUCUUCUUCAAUAUAUAGGAGGAGAGAACAGUAAAAACGUUUUGAACUCAACCCAUCUUUCUUUUGAUCAAGAUGGUUCACAGCAAUGGACUGUUACUUUUUCUUCUGAGUCGAUGCAAGAAUUGCGGGAGAGCAGUGUUGUUCUGCAGAUGACAUGCAAUGGUCAAAAAAAAGAAAUUUUACUAACAUUCCGUCAGUCUUCUGGCUACAUAUUUAUCCAGACAGACAAACCAAUUUAUACUCCAGGCCAAACAGUAAAGUUUAGAGUAAUAGCAGUUGAUGAGGAUCAAAGGCUGUCCAAACAUCACCUGAAAGUUGAUAUAAUAAAUGAUCAGCAAGUUACAGUUGAUAGAAUGAGAUACUCUGCUGAAGAUGCAUUCAAAGGUCAAAAUUUUGAACUGCCUAAGGACAUUGCACCUGGUCGAUGGUAUAUUUCUGCCAAUUUUGAAGGUUUGGACAGCAACUAUAGAUUGGCUCACAAUGUGAGCAUUGAAGUUAGAGAGUAUGUACUUCCCAGAUUCUCAGCCACACUCCAUGCCAAUACAAGUGUUAUCACCAAAGAUUCUAAAGCCUUAAAGCUCACUGUAACAUCCAAAUAUGUGUUUGGUAGGCCUGUACAUGGUAAUGUUGAAAUACAUUUAGGGAUAUUGGAUAAUAACAAACUGCUUCCUCAUGCUGUCUUAAGAGGUAAGCUUCAAAAUGGACAGUUUUCACAAGAUGUGGAUGUCAACAUCCUGACUCUGUCAAAGCUGAUGUACACAAGUAACCAAAGGCUUCAUGUGGGGGUCAAUGUCAUAGAGAAGGGCACUUUUGAAAACUACACACUAACAGACUCAUCCAUAUUUAUCAGUCAUCCUUACUAUAUUGUUGAUCUAAAGUCUUCAAAGGAGUUUUUCAAACCUGGAUUUUCAUACACACUAAAAGCAGUUAUUAAAACUAAAGUCCCUCUGACAGUAUCACAUUUAGAUCUUUACAUUUUUGCUGAAUUUUUAGAUGCCAAUGACAACAUCAUAAAAAGCGUCUCUGAAAAUGUCCCUAUAAUGAAGAAUACUAUUGUGACUCAAGAUUUCAUUACACCAAAAACAGCUGAGAAAAUCAACUUUAAAGUCCAUGUUGUGGAUGAGAAUCAUCCAAGCUUUGAACACUUCCAUUUCACUGUAAAGAAAUAUAUCUCAGCUAACCAUGAGUAUCUGCAUAUUAAUAUGUCCAAGUUUCAGCCAGUCAUGAAAUGGAGUGAUGGAGUAUUUUUCCUCGAAUAUACAAAGUCAGCCUAUUUGAACAGCAGUAGUCUCAUCACUGUUAAUAUAUUGAGCAAAGGCCAAGUAAUCUACUCCAUAAAUGUCAAGAAAAAUAUUCUGGGAGUCUCCCCUGUCAGUUUACCAAAGCAGCUUUUUGGAGAGCUCUCCCCAGCUUACAGGAUUGUGGCCUACUACUACAUAGCAGGGGCUGUGCCAGAGCUUGUGGCUGAUUCUUUGUUAGUGGAUACAGAAUUGGAUACUUGUGUGGAUGAAGUUUAUUUAAUUCGUGACAAGUUCUCCCAAUUUUCGCCUGUUCCUAAGAAGCCUAAGGAUAAAUUAGACUUGCUUAUUAUUGGUAGCCCUUUAAUGAAGAUUGGGCUACUGGCAGUGGACAAGGCAAUAUUUCUUCUAAAUGAUAAGCAAACACUGACAAGAGAACUGUUGUUUCAUACAUUAGGCAGCCAUGAUCCCAGUACCAGUGAAGGAGAUGGUCUCAAUGCAGAAUUGAUUCUAGAAAAUUCUGGACUUUAUCAUAUGAUGGUAGAUACAGAUGCUUAUUCAACUUCUGUCACUCCUCGUCGUGCCUUGAGUUCAUUUGGCUCCUUCUAUGAUAUUUCUUUUGACAGAAUAAAUAUGCCAGAAGAAAAUAGACAUGGUAAUCAAGUGUCAGAAAAGCAACCAGAGACUGAAGACUCACUUCCACAACGUUCUGAUGUCAGAUUUUAUUUUCCUGAAACCUGGUUGUUUGAAGAAAAGAUUAUUCCAAGGGACAGGAAGUUACCUCUAGAGCUCUCUCUACCUGACUCCAUCACAACAUGGUCUUUUGUGGCUGUUGGGCUCUCAAACAAUCGUGGCAUUUGUGUAUCCAUCCCUCUGGAGCAAGUUGUGGAGAAACCAGUCUUCUUGGAGGUCAGAAUGCCAUUCAAAGCAUCAAGGUUGGAGGAGCUCAACAUCAAUAUCAUCAUACACAACUACCACACUAAUGAUGUCAGGCCUGAGGUGACUAUUAUUGGUGAUUCAGGACUUUGCUUUGCUGAAAAUGCUACAAGGGGAGGCAAUCACAGUGAUCAUGGCUUUAACAUGACAGUUACAGCAGGUGAAAUGGCUGAAAGAACUGUUAGAAUCAUUCCACUAAAGAUUGGAGAAUUGACAUUAAAAGUGUCCAUGAUAAGCCACUUAGGAAAUGAUACUGUGGAGAAAAAACUGCGAGUUAUAGCUGAGGGACUUAGAGUGCGCAAAGCUAUCACUUUCGUGUUGGAUCCUGGAGCCAAACAUACAACUUUUAUGAAUUAUAGUGACAAUAACAUACAGCAGUCAAACACUGCCACUAUUCAAAAUAGAUACAUAGCAUCCAGAAACAUGCAACAUACAACUAUAGACCUGGCCUUGCCGCCAGAGGUGAUCAAGGGAACUGAAUCUUGUCAGAUCUCUGCAUUUGGUGACCUUAUGGGAGACAUCAUUACCCAUGCUGUUGUCCAGUCUAAGGGACUGAUGGAGGAGCCAACACUCAUUGCUCAGGAGGUGCUUAAUGACCUUGGUCCAAUAGUCCAUGCCCUAAACUACAUCAACGACUCAGGCUUGAUGACUCAUGACCUUAAGCUGAGAAGUCAUCGCUUUAUCAGGCAUGGUGUGGUGAGAUUAUUGACCUACAAAUCUGGUAAAGCUUUUAGUGUCAGACCAGGGAUGAAGCCAGCUACAUGGUUGUCAGCUCUCAUACUAAAGUCACUGUGUCAUGCCACAUCCUUGGCAUUCAUUGACAAACAUAACUUGAUAGAUACUGGCUUCAGCUGGCUUCAGGAUCAGAUUAAAAAAGAUGGUUCUCUAAAUGAGCUAGAUUGGACAGGCAGGAAGAACAAUGCUCAGUACAGAAUAGAGCUAGCAGCUGAAGUUCUUAUCUCUGUCUUAGAGUGUAAUAGAAAAGAAAAGGAAGACCAUCUUACCCUUCAGGACAAAAUGGCAGACUACCUCCAGAAGCACAUCGACAAGAUCAAGCUACCUGUUGUGAUGGCCAAGACUGCCUAUGCCUUGAUGCUGUACAAUUCAGAUUCCAAUAAAACUCUGAAUGCUGUGGACAAGUUGAAAAGACUGGCACUGAAGGGUGUACAAGGACAUAUCUACUGGGCUAAUAAACCUAAAGAUGAGGAUGAGAAGAAGCCCCACUGGUACAUUGACAGAGUGCCAGAGUCAUCUAUUGAGGCCACAGCCUAUGGUCUACUGGUAUUCCUACGUAAGAAGAACUUGUUGAAUGUUGACGCUGUGGCCGACUGGUUGGUAGCACAGAGGAAACACAAUGGUGCCUUCAAUGGGGCAAAGGACAGCACUGCAGCUAUUCAGGCACUGACAGAAUAUAGUUUACAAAAGCACAAAGAGGAAGAGAUCAAAGUGAACAUGAACCUGACAGUACGUGCUGGGAAAGCUGAAAAGAAUCAAUACAAGUUCAAGUUUACUCAGGAAAAUGCCACACAGCCAGAAUCUAGAUCUAAUGUGCCUGUUUAUCAAUUUUUAGAAGUGCUGACUGAAGGCCAAGGUCUGGGCCAGAUGCAGAUAAAUGUAGAGUACAACAUCCCUGUAGAUAAAAAUGAAGAUUGCUCUUUCAACAUUUCAGUGGAAGUCAAAACAGCGAAAAUAGCCCUGGACUCAAGCAAUCUCUUGUGCUCCAGCUGUGACUUCAACUGCCCAGGGGCUAAAAUUAACUACAACAUUGAUGAUACAAUUAAAGACAGGACAGCCAUCAGUAAAACAGUCUCCAUGUUGACAAGUGGUAGGAAUCCAAAAACUAAUGCUAAACCUAAGACUAAAAAGAAUAAACCUAAGCCAACAAAACAGCCAAGAAGAAGGCCCCAGCUCAGUAGAAAGCCUAAGCCUCAUGGUAAAAGAUCUAAACGUGCAUUAAGCAGUGGCAAAUCUUACUGCGUGACUGUAUGCAUUAGGCAUCUCCAAGGUGUGAGUAGACCUGUGGAUGUCAGGAUUCAGAUGCUGACUGGAAUCAGACCUUUAGAUGAAGAUGUGAGAAAAAUAAGUCAAACAAUACCAAAUGUCAUAGAUGCAAGACUAACAGAAAAUGCUGAAUUUUUAAUAGUAAAAUUUUCAAAGGUUGAAGCUACCAAGAAUACUUGUUUUGCUUAUAGAGCAAGAGUUGAGAAUGAUGCCACAAGAAUCAAUGGAGCCAACAUAGAGAUCAUUCAGGAAAAUUCUCCAAAGCCAUCCUGUGUUCUAGAGUACCAUCCACCAGAAGACAAAGAGAGUCUGAAAGUGUAUUGUGCUGACUACAAUCACAUCAACAGAGGAGAAUGCAAAUGUUUUUCAGGCCAGUGUGGAAAGUGUGGUCCAAUGACAAGCAGUGAGUUUGAUCUGGACAAGACCAUCAAACUGACAUGUAAAGCUGAUUUAGUUUAUCAACUCAAGCUAGGCUCUCAAGAAGACAAAAUUCAUUGGCUAGAGAUCAAUGCAACUGUUCACUCGGUCAAUAAGACAACUGGAACUCAUGAGUUGAAAGAAGGGGAUGAAAUCAUCAUGAUGUCACCAGGUUACUGCAUGUGUUUCAGAGACUACUUUGGUAAAGAGGAAAAAUUUUAUUUACUUUCUUCAGAUGUGGAUAGGUUAAUGGACAGACAAGGAACUAUAGUGCAUCGCUAUGUUCUAGAUGAGAACACAACUUUACUCAGAGUUUCUCAGCCCUUGUCCAUGGCUGGACACAACAAUAGCAAGUCUGAGCAGACUAAGGAAAUUUUCAUCUCCCAGCCACUGAACAAGCAUGAACAGGACUUGAGCCCUCAUUUUAAGUUGGCUGUGUCUCAUGAGCACUUAGCUGCUGGUCUGUCCCAAGGUGAUAAAUGUGAGCUUUAGCCCUUGUCUUCACAUCAUAAAUUCAAAGUCAUGAAUAACUUUGAAAUGUAGAAUAAUACCUUACUGAUUGAAAUCAGCAUUCUCUGAUACACAGAUAUUUUUGGCUUUGAAAACUAAUUAUUAUGAACCACAACAGAUUGGUAUCCAUAAAAAAAUGUAUCAGAUUCUUUCCUUGAUAUGUGCAACAUUUUCUAUAAGGAAAGUCAAUCACUUUGUAAAUAAAUUUUUUUAAAUGUCUUCCAACCAAUGUGUUUAUUAUUCCAUUAACAGAAACUUAUUGUCCAAUUUAAGAUAAACUGUAUAUGAAACUUUUUGAAUUAAAUUUGCAAGAACUAGAAUUAUGUCAAAUGUGUAUAUUUUAAAUGGUUUAUUAUAGUUCUGUAAAAUAAUGAAGUCAAAUAGAUGCCAUUGUAAAUAAAAUUUGAGGUUUACUUUCUAAGAAACUAACAGAAUAAGGGGAGACACAUUUUAAAGAAAAUAUAAUUUUUUUAAUGAAAUAAUUUGUUGAUAAAUGCUUUAAUUGAGUCUUUUGGUUCUAUUUAAGCUAAGUACACUGUAAAGUAGAAGAUAUCUUAGUCUUUAUCUAUACACAAGUUUGGUAAUGAUAUCAAGUUUGAAAAUAAUAUUUUAAAGCAAAUUUAUUUAUGUAACUAAAAUAUUCCUUUCACAAAUAUAGAUAUAUAUUGAAAAAUACUAUAGAAUUUUAUAUAAGUUUCAAUCCCUGAAUUCUCAUUCAAAUGAUAAAGAGAAAUGUCUGUAUCUCAUCAUAAAUAUUGCUAUUACUUUGACAUAAGACCUCUUGCAUUCUUUGAUCUACUACUAUCAUAUUACUUCUCAUUAUUGUGUACAAUGAAACAUUACAUUUGUAUGUAUUGACUCAUAAUGAAUUUUUCAUCACAUUUAACACUGUUUGUUUACAUACUUUUCCGGACUUUUUCAUAUUCCUUUCGCUGAAGAGCUCAUAUGUAACUGACAUGUUUCUAGCUGUUAAUCAUAUUUUGAUUACUUUUUUUUGUCCUACAAAAUUGUAAUAUAAACAAAAUGUAUUUCACAGUUUUAUUUUUAUCCCAAUUGGCAAGUUGUAGAAAAGUUCUGUCUAAAAUCUUAUUAGAAUACAAAUUAGUAGAAAAAUCUUUUUAAAAAUGUUUCUGUCAAAGAAACUUUAGUGCUUAAAAAUUCUGCCAUGUUUUCAGAUUUUAUAAUUAUUUCUGUACUGAGAAAGUUUUUGUUAAUUUAUUUAAGCUGACCCAGACAUCGAGAUCUUGAAUAAAGGAUAACUUUGUCUUUAAUGAGAAUAUCAUUGACACACUUUUAUAUUAAACUUUCUUCUUUUAUAUGUAAGCCUGAGUAGGCUUUAUUAUUCACCCUCUGCUUAUAGUGGUUAUCUUAAUAUUAGAUAAAAAAUAAUCAUUUUAAAAUUUUCUAUUAAUUAUUAAAAUUUGUACUAUAUAUAUAUUUAUUAUUUUGUGUCCUAUCACUGUGCAAAAAAAAAAAUAAACCAACUAAUAUUUUCAUGA